GUCUUGGAGGCACCAUGAGCCCGAGCUUGAGAGCGCCGCCGAAGCGCGUGUCCGUUCGCAGUCAGUGCUCGCGGGAGCGAGAUGCCGCUGGACGCGAACUGGCCGCCUACGAGAAACACACGCUAACCUCGCCUGCAGAGCAGGGUCACGAAGCCGUGCAUGGCAGCUACAGUCUGGAUAUCGUGCAAUCCAGUAAAUAGGUGUGCAUUAGAUAUCGGAGAGCUGGUGUUGGUACUGACGAGAGCAGGGCUGUUCAGUCCGGCUCUGCACGUCUGAAAUCAGUGAAACGCUGCAGGUGAACUUAUUUAUACUUUUUUUUCCUUCACGCGCAACGAUUUAUGCGCGUGGCAUUUAAAACGAUUCUCCCAAAUAUGACACGGUUUUAAAAUAUCUUUUGAAGGAAAAGUUAUGGAUGAAAAUUUGAGAAGAGUGUAACGUUUUCGCGAGUCCUUUUUUUUUUUUUUUAAGAAACUGUGACUAAAGGCUGUUCUGCCUCGGCUUUAGUAGAGGAGGUUCGGGGAGGUGACCGCCUCGAGUUCCGUAUAAAAAAAUGUAAGGAAGACGUUAAAACAAAAGAAUUGUCAUCGGACUCCAAAAUAUUUUAAGUUGAUCCAUGCCCUGACCCUCCCGCUGGAGCCAUGGGGAGGGAACAGCUUCUUUGGAUGCUGCUGUUUGUGCUGGCUGCCGGGGACGGCCGCUGCGAUGACCUGGGGACAGAGGAGUCAUUUGUGGUGCCAACCGGCUUGGAGCUGAAGGUUUCCCGAGGACAGAUCCUGUCAGCGCAGUUCGAGUGCUACCUGAAGAUCAUCACUGACCCUCCCAACGCUGAGAAUGGUCCCUACUGCAACCGCACGUGGGACGGCUGGCUGUGCUGGGGCGACUCCCCCCCGGGGACAGCAAUGCAGUUUUGUCCCGAGUACUUCCAGGACUUCGAUCCCACUGAAAAGGUGACGAAAGUGUGCAACCCCAACGGCCAGUGGUUCCGUCACCCAGAAAGCGAUCGCAUUUGGUCGAACUACACCCAGUGCUCUGCUUACAUCCACGAGAAACUCAAGUUUGCUUUCAGCUUGUACUACCUGGCCAUUGUGGGCCAUGGCCUUUCAGUGGUGUCCUUGCUGAUUUCGCUCGGUAUCUUCUCCUGCUUCAAGAGUCUCAGCUGCCAGAGGAUCUCACUCCACAAGAACAUGUUCCUCUCCUUUAUCCUGAACUCCAUCUGCACAGUCAUCUGGCUCUCCGCUGUGGCCAACAACCAGCAGCUGGUGGAACGAAACCCUAUAGGCUGCAAAGUGUUGUCUGUCCUGAACCUGUACAUCUGUGGAACCAACUACUUUUGGAUGCUGUGUGAGGGUAUCUACCUGCACACCCUUAUUAUCGUGGCCGUGUUUGUUGGGGAGCAGCAAUUGGGCUGGUACUACGUCCUGGGAUGGGGCUUUCCCAUCAUCCCUGCUGUCACACACGCCGUGGCUCGGUGGCUCUUCUACAAUGACAACUGCUGGAUCAGCUCAGACACCCACCUGGUGUACAUCAUCCAUGGGCCCAUUCACGCCGCCCUGCUGGUGAACCUGUUCUUCCUGCUAAAUAUCGUGCGGGUCCUUAUUACCAAACUGAAGGUUACCCACAGUGCCGAGUCCAACGCUUACAUGAAGGCAGUGCGAGCCACCCUCAUUCUGGUGCCACUGCUUGGGGUGCAGUUCGUCCUGGUACCCUGGAGACCUAAGGGCCGCGUGGCUCUGGUCGUCUACGACUUCAUCAUGCACAUCUUCAUGCACUUCCAGGGCUUCUUGGUGGCAGUCAUAUUCUGUUUUUGUAAUGGAGAGGUGCAGGCGGUGUUGAAACGCCACUGGAGGCGGCAUAAGGUCCAGUGCAGAGGACGCCUGAUGGGAGUCGACUGGCACUCCAGCUACCAUACCAACUCCUCCAUUACUGAGAUGAGCCGCGCCAGCAUCAGCCUAAAACCCACCGGGCCUGAGACGCAAGUCAACGGGCUGAGCAACGGCAGCCACAGCUCCAGCGGCGACCGGGAGGGCCCGGGGGGGGGCUUGGAGACGUCUGUCAUCUGAGCAGACACCACCACCACCCCCGACCCACCACUGCCAGUUCCAGCAGCAUCACCCCCCCCACACACACACAUCAAGAUGGUGACUCACAAUGACACUGCCAAAUGCUAAAUCACAUUAGGUUCUGUUUGUCCACAGAAGGUGGAUACAAACAUUUAGCAGCACACACUGAAAUGGGAUGAUCAGCCAGGCCACGCUCGCAGGCACAGCAGUUUGUCCGGUCUUUGCUCUGCUCUCCGGAGUUCAGCGAUACAGACGCUCGCAGGCACAGCAGUUUGUCCGGUCUUUGCUCUGCUCUCCGGAGUUCAGCGAUACAGACGCUCGCAGGCACAGCAGUUUGUCCGGUCUUUGCUCUGCUCUCCGUAGUUCAGCGAUACAGACGCUCGCACCCUCACCUCGCCUCCGUAGAGAUCCUCCCUUUCCCCCAAUCUCUCUGCUCCCUGGGGUGUUGUUCUGACAGGAAGCUGUGCAUCACCAGAGCCUUAGACAGACUGCAGUAACACCAACAUCCUGUAUCCCAGAAAAGCCUGUUUUGGGGAGGUGUGGUGUAACCUGGCUCUUUCUACCCGAACUGUUUGAUGCCCAAUUUGCUACUCCUGCGUAUAUUAUUCGAUUUCAAUUAUUAUUUUUUACAAUUGAUGUUCCGUGAUGUUCUUAAUGACAGAAGAGGUUCAAAGCCUAUCCAAUGGGGGUGGACCAGUCUCCUCAUCCACCAAUCAGGGGGCUUAUAUAGCAAGGGAGGAGGAGGCAUGACAUACGCUGGUGGACAAAAUUGGGGAAACACUUCCAAUUUUUAGAGAUUGCAGAACUUUAUUGAACUGUUGUUCCAGCUACUUAUUUUAAUCGUCUAGUGUAUAUUUGUAACAUUCUUUGUCUAUAAACAUUACCGCCAAUAUUUGUGUAAUAAUUUUUAAAGCGUAAUGCCAAAAAUGCUAGAAUUUUGGCCACUAGUGUAUGCUUGUCUAGCCACUGAUUCCUGAUUCCGACGAAUCUGAGCAGUGAUGAAGCAGACAGAGGGGAAGAGCCAUGAAGGCCUGGCAUUGGGUUUUAUGCACAGACCAUGCCACUGUGAAGGUACUCACUGUGGUCUGAUAUUACUGCCGGGGAAGAGGAUGGCUGCCUUGACAGCCAGCAUCUGAGCUGUAUGACUGGGUGGCGCCAGUGUCCAGCCCGGGACUGACUUUUCACCCAAAGAGAAAGAGCCAUGCAUUAAACCAAGCUAAAAGGCAGCUAUCAGUGGUCUAAGAGGAACACGCGACACAAAGUGUCAGAGUUAGGACAAUAAAACUGACUCUGCAGAAACUGGCCAUUUGCAGGAAGAGCCAGAGCAAUUUGUGUUGGAGAAGCAGCGUAGAUACCCAUGUAUGUGUGCCAAGUUAUAAAAUAAACCCUUGCAGGGCAGGUGGAUAAAUGAUAAUUAAUUACUGCCUAGACAAAUCAUCAGCAAUAGGAGAACAUCAAUCUAAUAUUCCAGAAUGUUACACCCAGACAUUCCAGUUGAUAAUGACUUUAAUUGCAUUUAAACAUUAUAUGCACUCAAUUCAAACUCAUAUAACUGUAAAAUGGUAUAACAUAUAUACUUUUUCACUUUAAGGUUGUACUGCAGCAAGGAGAAGAUUUUUUAAUAAAAGGGUUCAAGCCUGAAAAGUUUU